AUGACUGAGUUUGAUAUAUCUGGUCUUGGCUUGAUGCAUUACUUUCUGGGCAUUGAAGUAAAGCAAUCAAGUAGUGAAAUUUUUAUUUCACAAAAGAAAUAUGUCCAGGAAACAUUACAGAGAUUUGAAAUGCAGAGUUGCAAUUCUGUCACAACACCAACAGAGUUGGGACUGAAGUUGGAAAAAAAUCCUAUAGGAAAGAAGAUUGACAACACUCUUUUCAAACAACUCGUGGGAUGUCUGAUUUAUCUAACAAUCACCAAGUCUGACAUAAUGUAUUAUGUUGGUCUUGUUAGCAGGUACAUGGAGCACCCAAAAGAGAUUCGUUUGUUGGCUUCUAAAAGAAUUCUCAGGUAUUUGCAAGGUACCACUGACUAUGAUAUUCUAUACAAGAAAGAAGGCAAGUCAGAGUUAAUUGGCUUUACAGAUAGUGAUUUUGCUAGAGAUAAAGAAGACAAGAAAAUCACUUCAGGCUAUGUGUUUAUGCUUGGAUCUGGAAUUGUUUCUUGGUGCUCCACAAAAGUAGAGUUUGUAGCUGCAACUGUGUGUGCUACCCAAGCAAUUUGGUUGAAAAAGAUAUUGGUUGAGCUUCAUGUUCGACAGCAAAAACCAAUUCUGAUUUACUGCGACAAUGGCUCAGCGAUUAAGAUUUGA